AAGACCUGCUAUCAAGCAAAAAAGAGUUUGUGUAGUGUUUGUUCCAUUUAGCUCGGAGAAAGAUGGAGCUCUAUGUAUUUAUGUUCAUGCUUGCUGCACUUGUUCCUUCUGAGAAUAAAGUUGUUCAUGAAGAUUUUGAUUUUACUGGAUGCUCUGAUACAGAGAAAGAAUAUAUGUAUGGACUUGAUGGAGAGGAAUUGUGGCAUGCAGACUUCAUUAAAGGAGAAGGAGUAAUUACUCAACCUGACUUUUCAGAUCUCCUUGGCUGGGAUGGAUUCUAUCAGCAAGCUGUUGCUAACCAAGAAGUCUGCAAACAAAACUUAGCCGUAGAUAUCAAAGCUUAUAAAUAUCCACAAGAGAAAAUGGACAAACCGCAGACUUCCAUCUAUGCUGAGGAUGAAGUACAGCUGAAUGUUGAAAACACCCUCAUCUGUCAUGUGACUGGAUUCUUCCCUCCUCCUGUCAGAGUUAUAUGGACUAAAAACAAUGAAGGUUUAAAAGCAGACAGUCUAAGUCAGUAUCGGCCAAAUGGUGAUGGCACUUUCAACAUCUUCUCCAGUCUGACGUUCACACCUGUGGAGGGAGACAUUUACAGCUGCACUGUGAACCACACAUCUCUCGAUCAACCUGAGACAAAAACAUGGGAUGUGGAUGUUGCUGUACCCAGUGUUGGUCCAGCUGUGUUCUGUGGAGUGGGUCUGUCUCUGGGGCUGCUGGGAGUCGCUGCCGGAACAUUCUUCCUCAUUAAAGGAAACAACUGCAACUGAGCUCUGAGAUGGAAGCAAACUUUGAAAAUAAACUGUAUAUAGUGUGUAGCAGGCCCUGCAAAUAAAGUCUGUUUCAUUUGGCACCAGUGGAAUUGACAGGAAACAUAUUAGAAUUUUAGGAAUAGAUUCAUAGACACAUAAAUCUCAACGUAAUCUUUAACAACAUUAAUAUUGUCUGAUAUUUAAUGCAGAAAUGAGGCAACAUCUUUGCUUGAUGUGUAACACCAAAUACACUUACAUUCAAUAUCUAAAAGGCUUAAAAUGAUAGUUGAUCUUUUUCCUAAUACAUCACAUUUUCAGUUCAUCCAGAAUGAUAUCUGGAGAUUGGACUUUUAAUUUGAAUAAUAUUAUCUGUUAUUUACUCUCUGGUUGAGCUCUCAUUGUCUUCCUCAUUACUGGAUCAAUUCAAAUCGUGUUCCACAUAUAUAAUGGCAUUGUUAAAUUGAAAUUUCCUGUCAUUGUUGUAAUCAAGUUGAAGUUAUAAAUUCUACAAGGUCUUGUAAGUUUUCUGUCAUACACUCCAAAUAAAGAUUCUCUAUUUUGAUUUUA